AAUUUGUCCAGUUGGUAUACUUGAGGUUUUGUCAGAAUGCUUUUUUUCAGUUCCCUGUUCCUCAGAAGUCUCACGUCUAUUCUGUUACACUCAGAAAUGGAACCUCCUCCUUCUGACAGUGUGUGAUGACGUAAUAGGAAGCAUAUAACUCCUUACCCUUCCUCCUUUCUUUUUUUUCCCCUGACGGCUACAUGAGUGUGAAAAGGAUAGGGAAGAGUCACCCGGCUACAAAUGGCUGCAAUACAACGUGCCAUAACAAGUCUUCUGAUUUUCACAUCAGUGACAUCAGUCUUUUCAGGUGACGUAUAUGGCAUCAUAAAUGGAUCUGUUGAGAUCUCGGCAGCGCAAGUGACAAAAGACACCAAUGUUUACGCAAUUACCUGGAAACACAACAAGGACAAAGCUGCAGACUGGUAUGAGGGAGAUGAUGCGCCAACCUAUUAUGACAUAUUUAAAUCUGUCACCACACUGGAUAUGCAAACCUGGGCCUUGAACAUCUCAAACCUCCAGACACAUUUCAGUGGGAAAUAUUCAGCUGAGGUGAACAACAAGGACCCAACUCAGUUUGUGACCUUAACUGUACUUGAUGCUGUUUCUCAGCCUAACAUUACUCAAGUCUGCAACCCCAGCAGCUGCACCCUGACCUGUAAGGCAACGGAGGACGAGCACUCUCAGUACACCUGGACAGAUAGCAGGGGUGAGAGGAAGGAUGGGCCUGUGUGGACUGUGGAGAACAGAGCUGAAGACCAGGAUGUUACCUACACCUGUAAUAUCAGUAAUCCAGUGAGCUGGAAGAUUGAAACUUUCACUGUGCCAGGCAGGAUUGCUUAUGAAAUAAUCCUUGGAAUUGGUUCUGCUGUUCUUGUUGUUCUUGUCUUGAUUGGGAUUGGGAGCUACUACUGUAGGAAAAGGAAGACUGGUAAAUUGGAUCUAAAAACUGGACAGUCAUCACCGGAAACUGAAGAGAGGUCAAUCCCUAUGAGGAACAAUGACAACACUGUAGAACAUAUUGAGCUAUCACAAAAACUCCUCGGCCAGAGAAAUGGUGCAUCAAAUAGAGUCCAUUGGCAUGCUACACAUGCAGAGAAUGGUGAUGCAUCACAUGAAGUGUCAAUUAAUCUGGAUGAGCUAUCAGUCAUUAAUAAUGGGACUGUUGCUGAAUUACCAAAUGGAACGUGCAGUGAAGCAACCAUCCAGACUGACGACGCAUCAAAUAGUGUCCAUGGGCAUGCUACAAAUGCAGAGAAUGGUGACGCAUCACAUGAAGUGGUAAUUAAUCUGCAUGUGGGAGCAGAACUGAUGCCACAGUAGAGAACGGUCUGGUUUGGAUCGGCCACCAAACUGGAUAGGAACAGACUCCAGCGGACAGUCAGGUC